AUGACCUGCCGCUCCUGUGUUGUUGGCUUCAGCAGCCUCAGCAGCUGUGAGGCGACCCCAGCAGGCAGCCCCUGGCCCCGGACCUCGGGAUGGGGCGGCUGCGGGGGCCCGGGGCCGAGUUUCAGCUCUCGCAGCCUGACCGGCUGCCGGCCGGCCGGCACCAUCCCCAAGGUGACCGUGAACAGCAGCCUGCUGGUGCCCCUGGACCUCAAGGUGGACCCGACCAUCCAGCAGCAGAAGACCCAGGAGAAGGAGGAGAUGAAGGUUCUCAAUGACAGAUUUGCCUCCCUGAUCGGCAAGGUGCAAGCGCUGGAGCAGCGCAACCAACUGCUGGAGACCCGCUGGCGCUUCCUGCAGACCCAGGACUCGGCCCCCUUCGACCUGGGCCACCUGUACGAGGAGCAUCAGAGCCGGCUGCAGGAGGAGCUGCGCAAAGUGAGCCAGGAGCGGGGCCAGCUGGAGGCCAACCUGCUGCAGAUGCUCCAGAAGGUGGAGGAGUUUCGGGUCAGGUAUGAGGACGAGAUCUCCAAGCGCACAGACAUGGAAUUCACCUUCGUGCAGCUGAAAAAGGACCUGGACACCGAGUGUCUUCGACGGACCGAACUGGAGACCAAGCUAAAAGGCCUGCAGAGCUUCGUGGAGCUGAUGAAGACCAUCUACCAGCAGCUGGAGGAGCGGGCGGCCCGCUCCGCUGAGUACGGCAGCAGCCUCCAGAGCAGCCGCAGUGAGAUCGCCGACCUCAACGUGCGCAUCCAGAAGCUGCGGUCCCAGAUCCUGUCCAUCAAGAGCCACUGCCUGAAACUGGAGGAGAACAUCAAGGCCGCGGAGGAGCAGGGCGAGCUGGCCUUCCAGGACGCCAAGGCCAAGCUGGCACAGCUGGAGGACGCCCUGCAGCAGGCCAAGAAGGACAUGGCGCGGCAGCUGCGCGACUACCAGGAGCUCAUGAACACCAAGCUGGCCCUGGACAUCGAGAUCGCCACCUACAGCAAGCUAGUGGAGGGCGAGGAGAGCCGGAUGGACAUGCCAACAGCCACGGUGGUCAGCGCCACACAGUGCGGAGGGAGACCUGCUGCCUCCACACCCGGCCUCUUGAGAGCCCCCUCCCGGAAGAAGAAGAAGAACAAAAAAGGCCCCGUUAUCAAAAUCACCGAGAUGUCCGAGAAGUUCCUCCUUCAGGAGUCUGAGGCCUCAGAAUAAGGCGGCUAGACGCCAGGAGCCUGCAGCAGGGGGACUGAGCUGGACUCAAGAAAGCUCCUGACGCCUUUGGCCUGGGACGGGGGCAAGCUUGAUCCUAAGCUAAGAAGAGGAGGGUUCUAGCAGCUGCUUUCCUGGAUGUGGGUUGGGACGGGGGGAGAGUUGCUUCGCUCCGCGUCAGAGCCGAGACUGCAGCCUGGGGGUGGGGGGCUCCCUGACCAGGGAAACCAGAAUGGGGGCAGGUUGCUUCUGCCCCCUGGCUCCUCCGAGGCUCCUGCCCCCAUCCAGGCCUCUGCCCAAAUCCCUUCGCCCCUCGGCCCCACCCUCACCUUCCGCCUUCAUCUCUAGCCUUGCGGCUGCCUCGGGCUGAGGUCAGCCAGCCAGGCCCAGGAGGUGAGGAGGACGGUGUGGGCACCCUCCCCACAUCUGGAGCUACUGGGGAGGCUGGGUGCUGUGGACCCCGGCUUUCCUGCAUCGCCAGGCGCCCCAGAGACCCGACAGUAUUAGGGAGUGAGAGGCAGCACUCGGUGUCUGGGACCUGAGCCCUCGGGGGCUCUGACAUCAGCUCCACGCCUCUGUCCCGGCCCCGUUCCUGUGGGUCCCUGCCAGCAGGGCACUGUCAGAAUAGAACACGCCACCUCCUCCAGAAGCCGCCCGCGCCUUGAUGAACUCCCGAGAGGGAAGCCGGCUGGCGGCCUGGACCCGACACAAGGACUCGGCCCUCCCGUGCUCCCUGGCGUCCGGGGGUCUGCUGCACUGCCGGGGAUCUGAGCUCUCGGCCCCCACCCCAGUAGUUCCCAGCCUGCAACUGCAUUUGGUGCACCAGAUCCUGGGGACCCCUACCACUCCCUCCUGAGACCCCAACCCAUUUCCCAUGACCCCACUGAGGGUCCCCAUCUGGCCAAACAGACUUUGCAUUCACUGAGGAGCUCAGGAACGCCCCACACCUGCCAGCUCAGAGCUCCCACUUUUCUUUCCCCUCCCCCCUGCACCCCCACUCCCGCGCCCCCAGUGGGGCCAUGAAGAAGGCAUAGUCCAAGCAGGUCUGGGAGCUUCUGAGCCCCGAGGACAUGCUGGGGAGCCCCAAAGACAACCUUUGAAGGGUUCAGCCAACAAAGGAGAUUGGAGCUGAGCAGGGCGCCCCCUUUCCACCUCUUGGCUCUCGCUUUGGGUCAGCAGCUCCAGCCUCCCCUCAGCGAGCCCCCUUCUCCCCUCCUCUUUCCCCACCCGCCCUCCGUCUCCCCUCCUCUUCCAGCCUCUACUGUUUCUUUGCUCGAGUUCAUCUCCUUCUCCAGGACAUGGUGCCACAAGGCCGAGGCGCCCCCCCUUCCCGCCCCGUCCCCAGAUCCUCCAGGCCUGUCGGGGUGCUGAAGGGUUACUGAGUCUCUCAGACUGGGGGGAGCUCAGACAUAUACUCAUCUCUGAAGUCCCCAAAGGGUGCUGAUUGCUGCUUUUUCUCCAGCUAUUUAUUGGUUUCCAAGGGAGCAAAUCCUCAGUGGGGAUACAAGAUAUAUAAAGUAUAUAUAUGUAUUAUUUUUUCAUAACUUAUGUGGCUUUAACUUAUUGCUUCCCUUCCUGUUUCUGCAUGAUCAGUGCUAAAUAUGAUACUCUGGUGGAUAACGCAUCUCCCAGCCACCCCACCCCUCUGCUGACUACCUUGGGGCAAUGCUCCCGAGCACUACAAAGGGAUGAAUAAAGUGCUGAGAUUUAU